CUCGUCUACCCCCUCUGCCGCGGCGGCAGCCUCGAGGACCGCCUCUACCGCGCUCCAGCCGCGCUGCAGCGGCUCCGCAUGCUCGGCUUCGAGACGGCGCCUCCGCCGCUCUCCUCCGCCGCACGGCUCCGCGUGCUGCGCGACGCCGCGAGCGCGCUGCAUUACUUGCACACGCUCUCUCCGAUGAUCCUGCACCGCGACGUCUCGGCGGGCAACAUCCUGCUCGACGAGCGCGGCAACGGCUACCUCGCCGACGUGGGCCUCGCGCGCGCGGCAGAGGCGACGGCCGGCAGCAGCCAGCAGGUGUCGCACCUGUCGACGCAGCGUAUCUUUGGGAAGCCUGGCUACAUGGACCCGAUCAUAACGCUGGACAACCAGGCUUCGCAGCUGACCGACGGUUUCGCGCUCGGCAUCACGCUGCUCGUCGCCCUGACCGGCCGCGGCGCCGUC